CUGCUGAUGAGCGUUUCUCUCUCUCUCUCUCUCUCUCACCCUGAGCAGCGGUAGCAGCAUGAAACUCUGAUAACACGCGAGUUGACAGCGGUUUUGGGCCCAUUAAGUGUUUGAUAAAGACCUGCUGGAGAUAAUGGAGAGCACACAGGUGAUGUCUGAUCCUUUUCAGGGUGUAAAAUAUCAGAGCUGUGGUUACGGUACGGGCCGGCACUACACGCCCAGAAAAGACGCCCAGCCGGGCCGUUUCAGCAGCACCAAAGAAAACCGUGAGGUGUGCUCUUCCCACAGAAAAGACCAGAGACGGUCGAAGGACAUGAAAGAUUCACAGAGGGAACCACCUGUCCAAACGGGCUGGUGUGAGACUCCCAAGAUCAAAAAAAAGGACGCGUCACUCCGCCGACGCCUGCUCAUGUCCCGGUCGGGCUCUGCUGAUGGGAGUGACUGCGGCGUCGCUGCAACGCCUGGAGAAACCUCCAGAGAUCUCGUGAACUGUAGAGACGAGAGCUUUGACUCUCUAGACAUCAGCCCGACCGGACCUUUGACCUACAGCACUUUAAAACCCGACGAUCUGGAUUUCUCCUGUCGAAAGCGCCGUCUUCUGUUUUCUGAAGCGAUUACUUCAACCCUUGACAAUGGCAAGUGUGGAAGUCACAUGAACCCAAUGCUGGUUCAGAAUUCCAUAAAUGAGCCAGAUCUCAAUGAAAGCAUCAUAGCUGGUCUCGCUGCUUCUCCGCCAGUGAAUGACUUAAUGCAGGUUGCAGGUGACCCCUUUCAGUCCCCUCUGAGGUCAGAAAAGCAGAAGCUGAGCGUCCUGGAGACGCCCUCCCUGACCUCAGAGGACAGCGGAUUCAGUUCUCUGGGUCUGGAUAAAUCGUAUGACGACUCUAUUGAUCACGACGGGUCUUUCCAGGAGCUGGUGCUGCCGUUGUCCUCAGGCAGCAAAGAGAGGAGACGCUCACGACUGGAGAGACAGCGAAGGCUGUCCACUCUACGAGAGGGAGGUUCGCAGUCAGAGGACGUACCCGGAGACCAGCGGCGUGAGUCGGACGCCCACGUGAGUAAGGACAGUGUGUUUUUAGACAGAACCCCGCUGGGUGCCGCCACACAGAAGAUGCACGACCUGUCUUUGACUCCGGCGCUGCAGGUCGUGCACGCCAUUAGUUGUCGCAGCACACGUGGGCUACAGCAGCAAACCAGUUUAGAGGAGCUGCUCCGUGUGUCAGAUGAAGACGGACCCAGCGGAGGCGGCUUGCCUCUCUCGGGGCUCAUUGGCCGGAAAAUGGGCCUGGACAAGGUAGACAUCGUUGUGGAACUGAAGAUGCGAAACCUGAGACACAUACUAGCAGUUAUUCUGAGUCUUCUGUCAGCAGCUGACAUCUUCAGAUUUGGUCAAGUUUCUGAAGACUGGAAUGACGUCAUCUCUGAAGACAGAAAAGCCUCCUAUAGAAGGAAAUGUCACAUCAAAGAGUUAAAAGUUGCAAUAGAGGCUGGUAGACUGGCGCAUGUUUCGGAUGCUGACACCAGGCUAACGCUGAGCUGUAGAUCGGCUCUGAGCAGCGUUCAGGCUCAGGCCAGAACCCCACACACACCCCAGACCCCGACCCAAAACACAGAGCGUCAGGUCAGCACCAAACGCAUCGAGUUCCUUCAGGUGGCCAAAACUCUUUUCAGUGAUGAAUAUUUAAAGCCGUGUCCACGCUGUCAACAUGCAGCUCGCUGUCACUCAUUGCGAGCCGAGGGUCUGUGCAGCUGGGCCGACUGCAGGUUUCGGUUCUGUACGUUGUGUUUGUGUGAGUUUCAUGGAUCCAGAGACUGCACUCAUCUGUCCGGCAGACGCAGGAGUCGUAGGGAUCUUCUGCCCGGCAGCGCUCAGAGCAAACGUAAUGUUAAGAGACUCUGACUGUCUGUCUAUCUGUCUGUCUGUGUUUUUUUUUAAUGAUGAAUUACCUCAGAGUUUUGCACUUGUGUACAGAAAUCAUUUUUGCUCUUUACAUGGAUGUUUUUAUACAUUGUUUUAAA